AAAAAACAAAUAAACAAAUUACGAAAAUUCCGCAAUAAGGAAAUGUUAAACUUUUUUAAAUCCGCUUUUAAAAUAAACCAAUACUUUACAAACCCAAACUUUGCCUUUUUCGGUUUUAAUAAAAUAGCAAAAACAAAGGGAAUAAACGAAUGCGGGGCCGUUAACGACCCAACGGCACCCAAUAAUACCGCGCUAUCCAAAAGCCGGAGCGCAACUAGCACGGGAACUUUUCGAAACCGUACGGUUGCAAUUACGAGCUUAUUUAUUACUAAAAAUUUAAUUUUAACGCAAUACUUUACGUGCAUAACCGUUUUGCCCCUAUGUUAUAAAUUGCCCGGUACGGUUACAAUUGGGUUUUAA